UUAUACAUUUGACAUCUAAAAUGGGCCUUCGGUGCGCCACCUCAAUCCCACAUCACAUGGGGCGCUAGUUCCUAGAUGUCUCUCCUACAUUUUGUAGAGCAGCGGAAAAGAAAUGGUUGUUCAGCAAAAGCUCGUAUUUGCACAUUGUAAUAUCCGAAGGUGGAAGAAGCAGGCGUAGUGAAAGGAGGGAUUUUGUCGGGGGGGGGAAAGCAUAAAGCUUCGUAAAACUGCGCUGUAUAUUUAGUUUGAAGCAGGGAAAAUAUUUCGCGACAACGUCCAAAAUCCAACUGCCGCGUUAUUUGUACCCAACAGGCUAGAUUGCUGGCGGUAGCUUGUACGGUGUAGAUAUCUUGAGGGGGAAAAAAACCCAGUUCGGAUUCAUUUUACAGGAACGUUGUCUUAUAUUCGACUUAUUACUUAAACUUUUUUUGUCGCGCUACGUGAAAGCCUAAAUUUAUCGGCUAUUUCGGAACCGACGACGGGGGUUUUUUCUUUAAAAAAAACUGCUUGAAAGCAAAGCUUCCUUGCAAGAACGUAUGCAGAAAGCCAGCCAAAUUGCACGGUAACGCUGGUGAAUCAAACAACCAAGGAGUGGCUGAGGACGUUUGUGCCGUGGAAGAAAUUAAGGUGGCAGAAAUACUAGCGAUACUAAAUCCAAAGUGAACAAAGGAUCAAAUGCGGCUUUAGUUUGUCGAGACUGAUAAACCAGAACUGACCAGCAAACGGGCACAAAAAUCUCGGAUCGGGUCCCCAGAUUUCGUUUCUUUUUCGAGAGGAUUAGCUGAACAAAGAAGAAAUUCUCAUUUUAAAGACGCUCUCCGCUCGCCGUUUCGAUUUUGCUGUUAAGUGCUGCACACUAAACAAGAAAUUGACAUGAUGUUUCCACAAUCUAGGCACUCGGCUUCAUCCCAGUCAUCACAACAGCUGAAAUUCACGACAUCUGACUCCUGCGACCGAAUCAAGGAUGAGUUCCAGUUCCUCCAAGCGCAGUACCACAGCCUCAAGCUGGAGUGUGACAAGCUGGCCAGUGAGAAGUCUGAAAUGCAGCGUCACUACAUCAUGUACUAUGAAAUGUCUUACGGGCUGAACAUCGAAAUGCACAAACAGGCGGAGAUCGUGAAGAGACUGAACGGGAUCUGUGCCCAGGUGCUCCCGUACCUGUCCCAGGAGCAUCAACAGCAGGUCCUGGGGGCCAUUGAAAGAGCCAAACAGGUCACUCCCCCUGAGAUGAACUCCAUCAUCCGGCAGCAGCUCCAAGCUCACCAGCUGUCCCAGCUCCAGGGUCUGGCCCUGCCCAUGACGCCCCUCCCUCUGGGCCUCACCCCCCCCACCCUGCCGGCCGUCACCUCCAGCUCGGGCCUCUUCUCCCUCUCCAGCAUUCUGGCCUCGCAGGCUCACCUGGCCAAGGAGGACAAGGCAGCCCGCGAGGGCAGCGACAAUCACCGCGACGACGACGGGGACAAGUCUGACUAGCCCCCCCCCUCCCCCACUCUCCACCCCGCCACCUCCCUCCUGCAUCAUUCCUCCCAUCCUGCUUAUUUUUAUUACUUACAUAUAACUGUCUUUUUAAGCAUUUUAUUCUCCUUAAUUCCCCCACCAGCUGCCCCCCCCUUCUCAUCCACACUCCUUCCUCGCCUCCCAAACGCUUCUCCAUAAAUUCAUAUCCACUUCCCAGCCUGGUCUUCACUCGCUCUUUUCCCCAUGUCUUCUCCCUUUUAGCUCAUAGCACAAUAGCUCCUGCGCACCCCCCCCCCCCCCCCCCCCCUCCGCACAUCAGCCCGCCCUCCUGUUUAAAUAAGAAGCAUCACCACGACAGAUUGUGAUACUGCACUGAGCCCGGAGCACACAAGUAAAAGGCUUUUACUGUAACAAAGGGACACGAUUCACUGUCUCUAACAUUACAUCUACCUGUAUUUUCUUGUUUUCUGUUAGAUUCUGGGAUAUAGGUUGAUCUUGGAUAGAGGUGAGAGCUUAGGCAAGGAAUCAAGUGGCCCUGUGCUCUGCAUGGGAAUGGGCUUCUAGCUGAACAGGUGUAUUCUGUUUAAGCUAGCCGUGAUGUCACUAUAAUCACCCAAAGCAUGCAUAAGAGCCAGAGUAUUAGGUGACUGUGAAAUAUGACGCUCCAGUUCUAUACAGUGAUUCGAUCAGGUCAGACUGACCAGGGUACUGAGCCCCAGGCGCGGCACAGUCUUAUGCUGAAGGUCAGAAUCCCAAAAACAAGUGGCAUCGCUACAUGCUUCCUUUGGCAGCCAAUCGGCGAACUCGUAGCCAGCGACAAGUAUACAUUUCGAUCCUCCCGCCUGGCUUGGCAGAGAGCAUUUGCGCUCGCGGGUGGUCGCACUUCUCAAAUAGCUGCCGCACUCUCGCAGCUCCCAGUCGGGCCAUCGAAUGCAAGAUCAGAUCGUCUCAUACGAGAGCAAGGAACGCAUUGUAAUCGCAUUGGAUUAAGAAGAGCAGUAAGAAAAUGGGCAGAGGAGGGUGCAGUUUGCUUGUGUGACAG